AAUGAUUGUGUUGAUUUGAUAUGUUUCCUUCCCCUUAUUUAAUUAAAAAAAGUACACUUUUCUCCUUUUUUCAUUUAGGGCGUGUGGGGGGUAUUUUGGGCAACUCAUGGGCAAAAAAACCCUUCCUUAUUUUGGGCUACUAUUCCAAAUGGGAAGUUUUAUAUGGGACGGUGGGAGUAUAUAUAUUUAUUGUAAAGUUAUCAAAUACUCCGUAUAUGAAUAUCACAAUAUAAUGGGAAAGCGGUUCUCUGCAGCUUCUUCUUCAUCAAAGAAAGAAGCCCAAGAAAGAUCAUCACUCCCAAUUCAUAAAGUUUUCAAGCUUCCUUCUUCCUUGCCCCCAUGGCCUUCAUCUUCCUUCUCCUCAUCAUCAGGCGGUGGGGGUGGGUUUGGGAGCGGACAUAUUGAUCUCGGGGGGCUCCAAGUGUGCCAAAUUUCAACAUUCAACCCGGUCUGGUCAACCUACGACGGCGGUCCAGACAACCUAGGAGCAACAGUCUUCGAGCCUUCCUCAUUACCCGACGGAUAUUCCAUCCUGGGCUACUACGCGCAGCCAAACAACGAGCCAUUGUUCGGUUGGGUCCUCGUCGGCCGAGACAUCUCCCCCGCCGGCGGCGUAGUCCUCAGGCAGCCGAGCGAUUACGCGCUGGUUUGGACCAGCGAGUCUUUGAAAAUCAGUCAAACCAAACCGGCCUAUGUCUGGGUGCCCGUCCCGCCCGAGGGUUACAGGGCUGUCGGGCACGUUGUCACGACCUCGCCGGAGAAGCCACCGGCGGACCGGGUCAUGUGCGUCCGGGCAGAUUUCACGGAGGAAUGUGAAACUGAGACUUGGGUUUGGUCGCCGGGGAAGUCGUCUAGUGAUCCCAAUGGUUUUAAUCUCUACCUUCUGAGACCACGCAAUAACAGAGGUACGAAAGGACUUGGAGUGAGCGUGGGCACAUUUGCAGCAGCUCAUAACAACAACAACAAGACUACAACACUAUCAUCUCUAUCUUGUAUGAAAAACAACAAUUCCACGCCAUUUUCUUCCAUGCCUAACCUCGUCCAAAUCAAAGCCCUCUUCCAACAAUACUCUCCCGUGCUCUACUUCCACCCCAAGGAAACUUACCUUCCAUCUUCCGUCAACUGGUUUUUCGCAAACGGCUCCGCGCUUUACAAGCGGGGAGACCAGUCCAACCCCGUCCCCGUCCACCCCGACGGGGCAAAUCUCCCCCGGGGCAGUGGCUCGGACGACGGCACCUACUGGCUCGACCUCCCCCCUGGCAAACCCGCCCGUGACGCCGUCAAGAAAGGUGAUCUCGAGAGUUCCGAGGUUUACCUUCACGUGAAACCCAUGCUGGGCGGCAUGUUCACGGACGUUGUCGUAUGGGUUUUUUACCCCUUCAACGGUCCGGCCACGGCCAAGGUCGGUCCGGUUGACGUACCGCUCGGCCGGACCGGCGAGCAUGUGGGGGACUGGGAACAUCUUACUCUAAGGAUCAGCAACUUCGAUGGGGUCUUGUACAGAAUAUACUUCUCCGCUCACAGCGGAGGUGCGUGGGUGGAAACCCCGCGGCUCGAGUUCCUCGAAGGCGGCGGGAACAAGCCGGCAGCAUAUGCGUCGCGUAACGGGCACGCGAAUUACUCGAAACCGGGCGCGGUGUUGCAAGGGCUGGGGGACGAGGUGGGGCUGAGGAAUGACACUGCCAAGGGCGGCUUGGUUUUGGACUGCGGGCGGAAGUACACGGUGGUGGCGGCGGAGGGAGUGGCUGAGCCGCCGUGGCUGAACUACGCCGGGAAAUGGGGACCGGUUAUUAGGUAUUCGGCCGGGAGGGAGGCUGAGGCAGUGAAGGGGGCGUUGAGGGGGAGUUUGAAAGGUAAGUUUGAGAGUGUGGUGGAUUUGCUUCCUGCGGAAGUGUACGGAGAAGAAGGCCCAACUGGCCCAAAGUUGAAAGACAGUUGGAGUGGUGAUGAGAAGUGAUUAUGCAUGGGAAAAUGCUAGGGUGUCACCACAUGGGUGCUACCAUGGGUGCACUCAUGCUUCGCACAGACAAACACAGACGAUAAUUGUCUGUGCAACACAGACAAUUAUUGUCUGUGUUUGUCUGUGCGAAGCAUGGGUGCACCAAUGGUAGCACUCAUGUGGUGGCACCCUAGCAUGGUCCUUAUGCAUAAUGUAUGAUGAUAGUAAAAUACGAGUCAUUUU